AUGGAUAUAUAUCGUCACACAUUACUUCCAUCGAACAGCCUUCGGUUAGUAACAUUCGAGAACGAUGGCCUCCGGAUAUCGACAUACAGGCUAGACGCUACUCCGCAAUAUCAUGCAUUGUCUUAUGUCUGGGGUGAUACACCCGACCCUCCUCAGCACUUUAAAAUUUGCCGAGAUGAGAAUCACACCAACGGUGCCAAUCUUGGGAUAUCACCAAGUCUCGCAGAAGCUCUGCCGUACCUCGGUCGUCUCAGCAUCGCACCGGUUUGGAUUGAUGCCAUAUGCAUCGAUCAAUCAAAUGAGGAGGAGAAGAGACGUGUCAUACCGCAAAUGAAGGAUAUCUACAGCCACGCACGAAGUGUGCAGAUCUGGCUCGGCAUCCAUCAUAACAAUAGUGACAUGGCAAUGACUCUACUUCGAUCAUUAGCCACCCAACAUAAAGCAGGACAAUCACUAUUCAAUGGAGAUUCCCUCAUACAACACGCAGAGAUUAUGGCAUUGACGAGUGCACUAGAUCGGAACUUGGUCAUCGACAUUGACAACAGAACAUUUGAAAGUUUCCACUUGCCGCGGCUUAGCCAUCCGAUUUGGCUUGCUCUACGCAAACUAUACUUACGUCCCUGGUUCAAACGUGUCUGGACAUUCCAGGAAGCUAUGUUGGCGCCGGAGGCGGCGGCGGUAAUUUGUGGUUCAGAUAUUAUGGACUGGGCUAUGUUCCGAACUAUUGGGUUGAAACUGGCACAUACCCAGCUUUUGUGGAUGCAUCAACACACAGGAUCCACCGGAUUAAGUCAUCUCGACUUCACAGAUAAUGUUGAAGGCGAUCGCUUCCUGACAUACUUGAUCCUUGCAAGAGGAAACAACAGAUAUUGUCGGUUGCCAGAAGACCGCAUUUAUGGCUUCUUAGGGCUUGCUAGCUCUCGGAUCAGACAACAAGUCCCUGUCGAGUAUGGUCAGGAGGGGUCCGACUUCUACCAACACGUGUAUCGAUCUGUAGGACGUCUCCUAAUACAGCACUUCCCCGUGGAUGAUAUCUUAACAGCGGCAUCAUCGUUCCUCAAGCCCGCGAAUAUUCCCUCGUGGUGCCCAGACUGGAACUGCCCUUCUAAGUCCCAGGGCUUCUGGGCAUAUGGAGAAGCUGGCUAUCCAAUGAAAGAAUACGCCUCGAUCACGCUGCAUCCGACUAAUGAACAUUCCAUCCUCGUAUCUGGUACCACUGUUGACGUGAUUGAUAAAGUGGUCGAAAACUACCAGUGGUACUGGCCAGAAGGAGUUGCGGGCAUCAGGGGCCCGGCCGACUUACUUUUGCAAUGGCUCGACGAUUGUUUCGCAUUGGUUAGG